AUGUCCAAGUUUGUUUUGAAGAUGAUGGACAUCAGCAGUCAGGAGCCCAUACCAGUGUUGACAUCUGUGUUUCCCCACUACUACAGUUUCAGUCUUGGAAAUGAGGCAGAGGUAUUAAACUCUCUGCUUGAGUCAAUGGCGAGUGCCAUGAGCAUGAACUUUGAGAGUGCGUGGCUAUGGCACUUCCACUCGGUGAUGCCAUUGCCCGAAAAUUCUAGACUGCGUUGGAGCGUGUAUCUCUGGGACAAAGUUCUUUGCAGCAUCCUGGAUAAGCCCUGUUUGGACAUAAAGCCACCAUCAAUGUUCACCAGUGACGGAUUUGAUAAACGAGGAAUUGUGGACAUGCCCUGUAUUUCCAUACUGUGCCAGCUGAGUUUGGUAGCACAGGAUGUGAUUUCUCAGCAUCGAUUGGCAACCUCAGCGAGGAAAAAAUGCCUAGAUGUAUGUGGCUCAAUACAGCAGGAUAUCGUGAGAAUAUUUAAUGUGGAUUUCAAAUGUGGUGAGGUGGACAUCACUUCCAAGAUCGACUCCAAUUUGGAGCUGCAGUUUUUGUUCUAUCCAAUUGUCUUUUUGAUGGUUUUAAAGGUGGUUUUAAUGCUACAAGAAUUAGACUCGGUUACAGACACAAAGAUAUGGAACGAUUUCAACUCGAGUCUCAGAUACGUGAUUCAACUUUUGAAGUGGAGCGAUAGCGGCAUUUGCAAGAUCUGGAAGUACUGGGCCUUUAAGAUGCUUACUUUCCACAUACACCAAUUUCUGAAGAGCUCCAAAUCGGUAAAGAAUUUUGUCAAAUUAUCCUCAUCCCUGACAGAUGACACAGAGUCAGAAUACGAGUCUGAUUUGGAACUUGGAAACAUCAAUAUGACCAACGAUUUUGUGGUUUCUUCGGUUUACUUCUCGUUGGAAACAUCAUUGGAAAAACUCAACCGGUUAUCUUCGCCCAAUGAAGAUUUGAAAAUGUUAUGCUUAUUCUACAAUUUUGGAAAGUUCACGUUGCUAACAUGUUAUAACCAUGAUAUUUCUUCGCUCAUGCAAAAGCCACCGAAGAUUAUCUCGGUGCUGGACAGACAGCAACGCGGGAAGAACCACGACGGAGACUUUGACCCACGUUUAACUCAUAGCCACAUCCACAAGAUUUUUGAAAGCAGAUCUAGUAUGAGCAUGAGUGUAAAUAAUACGAAUGUGUCACGUUCGUCGCAUUCGCAGUCUGUGGGAUCUGCUUCGCACUCGGUGUCUGGCUCCGAAUCUCAUCUGGUGAACUGGAAUGAGGAAGAAAGGCUAUCACAACAGUUAACACAAUUGGUUCAAAGUGAGACUCAAAGAGAGAGAACUGUGUCCACUCCAGCUACCAGCAAUUAUAGCAUGGUGACACAGGAGUACCAAGUUCUGCAUCAACAACCAACCUUUCCCUUUACUUACCACUAUCCACCUCCUCCGUUUUGA